UAUCUCAAGAGAGAAGAGUUAAAGUAUGAAGAUGAAGAUAGAUCAGACAAUGAAGAUGAAAAACCUACCAUUGUAGUUCUGAAGGAAGGUGAUCUCACUGCUGAAGAGGCAGACCUUGCCUUGAAAGAUGACAAGGAUGAUGAUGUGGAUGAGAAGGAGCCAUCAGAUGGGAAAAUAACGUUCAAGAAGCCAGUUAAACGACAAAGUGAAACAGCUAAUGAACUUGCAGUGUCAAGUAGUAAAAAAACUAAAGAAGAAAAGAAAACAAAGAAAACUUCAUCAUCAAAGGAAGUGAAAAACUCCAGUUUAUUAUCAUUUGGUGAUGAUGAAGAUGAUGAAGAAACUUGAUACUGGAAAUGUGUCUCAAUGUUAUGAAUAUAAUUUUUACAAAGCAAGAAGUGUACUUCUACAGAGCUGCGGCCUUGUGUAUAAUGUCCAAAGGUUAAAUUAAUUUUCCUGAGAAGAAUAAAACAAAUAUUGCUUAAUUUUGUGAAUACUUAAGAAGAACAAAAAUUACUUAAACUUUAGAAAAACAUUGACAACUUCUAAACUUGGAAAGGAACAUGAAUUCAUUGACUAUGAAUAUUUGAUGAAUUUCAAACAGAUUGUAUCUUAAAAACUAUUUUUAAAUUACUAAAAAUACUGAAAUUGAUUGUUAUAACAAGAUUUAUAUUUAAAUUUUGUAAAGCUGUUUGUGGAUGCAGUACAAUCUGUUUAGCUUUAUUUCAUCUAACUAUUCUAUAAGUUAUUAAUAUAAUUAUGUUUAGGUAGGGACCAGAAAUU